AUGUCAGCCACUAACAACAUAGCCCAGGCUCGGAAGCUGGUGGAGCAGCUCCGCAUCGAAGCUGGGAUCGAGCGCAUUAAGGUCUCCAAAGCCUCCUCCGAACUCAUGAGCUACUGUGAGCAGCACGCCCGGAACGACCCCCUGCUGGUGGGAGUCCCCGCCUCCGAGAACCCCUUUAAGGACAAGAAGCCUUGUAUUAUCCUAUAG